AUGGCCGACGUUGUCGUCGAUACCUCGCGCGUCGAGGCGCCUGUGACAUGGAAGACCUACUUGAUGUGUGCCUUCGCGGCCUUCGGUGGUAUCUUCUUCGGUUAUGACUCUGGUUACAUUUCCGGUGUUUUGGCCAUGGAUUUUUUCAUCACUGAGUUCGAGGGUCUUGACAAGGCCACCACUCCUACCGACCUUUUCGUCAUUCCUUCCUGGAAGAAGUCUCUGAUUACUUCCAUUCUCUCUGCUGGUACUUUCUUCGGUGCUCUGAUCGCUGGUGAUUUGUCCGAUUGGUUUGGUCGUCGUACUACCAUUGUCGCCGGCUGCGGUGUCUUCAUUGUCGGUGUCGUUCUUCAGACUGCUUCCGCCACCACUGCUCUGCUCGUGGUCGGUCGUCUGAUUGCUGGUUUUGGUGUCGGUUUCGUUUCCGCCAUCAUUAUUCUGUACAUGUCCGAGAUUGCGCCCCGCAAGGUCCGCGGUGCCAUCGUCUCUGGUUACCAGUUCUGCAUCACCAUUGGUCUGAUGCUGGCUUCCUGUGUCGACUAUGCCACCCAGAACCGCACCGACUCUGGCUCCUACCGCAUCCCCAUCGGUAUCCAGGUCGCCUGGGCUCUCAUCCUUGGCACUGGUCUGCUUUUGCUGCCCGAGUCUCCUCGUUACUUCGUCAAGAAGGGCGAUCUUACCAAGGCCGCCGAUGCUCUUUCCCGUGUCCGUGGCCAGCCCCGUGAUUCCGAGCUCAUCCGCUCCGAAUUGGCUGAGAUUGUCGCCAACCACGAGUACGAGAUGCAGGCCAUUCCCCAGAGCGGCUACUUUGGCAGCUGGUUCAACUGCUUCCGUGGAAGCCUCUGGAACCCCAACAGCAACCUCCGUCGUACCAUCCUGGGUACUUCUCUGCAGAUGAUGCAACAGUGGACUGGUGUCAACUUCGUCUUCUACUUCGGUACCACCUUCUUCAAGAGCUUGGGAACCAUCAGCGACCCCUUCCUGAUCAGCAUGAUCACCACCAUCGUCAAUGUCUGCUCCACUCCCAUCUCCUUCUACACCAUGGAAAAGCUCGGUCGUCGUACUCUGCUCCUCUGGGGUGCUCUGGGCAUGGUUAUCUGCCAGUUCAUCGUCGCUAUUGUCGGAACUGCUGACGGCAGCAAGAGUGCCGUCAGCGCUGAGAUCUCCUUCAUCUGCAUUUACAUCUUCUUCUUCGCCAGCACCUGGGGUCCUGGUGCCUGGGUCGUCAUCGGCGAGAUCUUCCCUCUGCCCAUCCGUUCCCGUGGUGUUGCUCUGUCCACCGCCUCCAACUGGCUCUGGAACUGCAUCAUUGCUGUCAUUACCCCUUACAUGGUCGACACCGACAAGGGUAACCUCAAGGCCAAGGUCUUCUUCAUCUGGGGAUCUCUCUGCGCCUGUGCCUUUGUCUACACCUACUUCCUCGUCCCCGAGACCAAGGGUCUCACCCUCGAGCAGGUCGAUAAGAUGAUGGAGGAGUCCACUCCCCGUACCUCUGCCAAGUGGAAGCCCCACGGCACCUUCGCCGCGGAAAUGGGUCUCACUGAGAAGGAUAUGGCUGAGAAGACUGGUGACGUUGUUCACCAGGAGGUCUAA